CCAUGCACGCGUUUCCGGCCGGCGCGUCGCGAGACUGAAAAAAGCAACCACUUGGCGGCGCUGUUCAGUUUGACCACAAGAAAACAUGGCGACUCCUUGGCCGAUGCAGAAACGACUUCAGAAUGAACUUCUUCAGCUUCAGCGAGACCCACCUGUAGGUAUUAGUAUCAAUCCCAGCAGUGCAUCCAGUACACUAGCCUCAUGGAGUGUAAAUGUUACUGGGGCCCCUGGCUCUCUGUAUGAUGGAGAACAUUUUCAACUGCAGUUUACUUUUGGAAAGAGAUACCCUUUUGAAUCCCCAGAGGUCAUUUUUAUUGGUAAAAACAUACCAGUGCAUCCGCAUGUUUACAGCAAUGGCCACAUUUGCCUGUCAAUACUGACUGAAGACUGGUCGCCUGCACUGUCAGUUCAGGCCGUCUGUCUAAGCAUAGUCAGUAUGCUAAGUAGCUGCACUGAGAAGAAGCGACCACCAGAUAAUACAUUCUACGUAAAAACAUGCAGUAAGAGCCCUAAGAAAACCAAAUGGUGGUAUCAUGAUGACAAAGUUUGACGCAUUGAGAGGACCCCCAUAGAUACAGCAUGCAUGGAGAUCCAAAAUUCAUCUAAGCCACUCACAAUUUGAGACAAUGAAGAGACAGAAACAAAAUUAGAUUCUUUGGUAAUUGGAAACUAAAGCAGAUUUGAGGGUUUUUUUUCAUUUUUCCCCAUUGUUUUGUUCGUUUUUAGUGCAAUAAACAAUGGAUUUUGUGUAAUCAAAGUACAUGUCAUGAAAUCCAAAUUGUAGGCUGAUGUGGUUUUUACUUUAACUUGAUAGAACUUGUCAUUAAAGUGUUUGGGAGAAGAGUUUUAUUUACCUGUUUUGUGCAGGUGAUUUUUUUCUUUUACAUGGAAGAAACAACGGAAUGACAUGCAAAUCUUUACUAACAUUAAUGCACAUAACUCAGGUCGUUAUAGUCCUGAUGUAAUAUGAAUGUGCAUAAACUUGAACAACUGUUGGCCACAUGUGCAUUGUACAAGGUGUAAGAGUUGAUAUCUUAAACCCUGUGAAUUCCAUACAUGAAAGAUAUCAUCCCAAUGGCAACAGUGGUACAGAUUGCGUAAGUAUUGACAGCUAUUGUCUUAGUGUACCAAGCCUCUACUCUAAGACUUUAUAGAGACAGUAUUCUAUCCUCCACAUACAAGUCAAUUGACUAUUUGCUGCUAUAUACCAUGUUUCUGAUUUUAGAAAACUACUUCAGCACUCAAACCAUCAGUUAAAUUAAAAACCAGUGAAUUUCAGAUUAACCGGAAAUUACUUCAGAAUGAGAACUUGUUCAGUAAAGCAUUGUCAAAACUGAUGUAACAUGUCUGCAGGUUAAAAUAACAUGUCAAUGCCAGGGCACUGUCUGAGGUGAGAUUGCUUUGUCCCUUUCCCCUUCCAAUGUAAAAGGUUUUAAAACAAUGGUAAAUACAUGUAAUUGUUCAGUCCAUGCUGGAGCUGUGUUUCCAUGUAGUUCAAGUAUCUUUUAAAUGACAGGAGAAAAGCACAAGAUGUUUUUCAUUUAUAUUGUUAAGUUGUUAGUCUAAGCAUUUGUUUUUGCAUACAAAUGUAGUUUUUACUUUCCAUUUCUAAUCAUUCUUUCCUUGUUUUAUUUCUCUGAAUUUUUUUUGGGGGGGUGGUUGAAUUAUAAAUUCAGUAUGCCAUUUGUAAACCCUCAUGGCUUGGAAAGUAUCACAGUGUCCUAGAAUUUUGCUUUAUGUAACUGGAAAGUAAUAGUUGCAGUUAAUUCGAUUGGACAAACAUAUAUAGAAGGUUGUAGAACUGUAUAUUUUGUGAAGGAAUGCAGAUAAAUUCUGAUGAUCCAAUCUUGUCAGUAUCUUGAUAUUGUAAAUAUAUGUACAUAUAAACAGAGAUAUACAUGUACACAGAUGAGCUCAUGAAGAAUUCAGUAAAUGUAGAUUUGUCUUGUGCCAUGAUAAUAUAUUGUAUUUCAUAGCUGAUCCAAUAGCCACAAUGCACUACUGGGCCUAAACCGGAUCCAGACCCAAAUUGGGGGGUGAGGUGGCCAAGACAAGUUAGUAACAUCCCAGAUGUACUUCUGCAUUAACCCAUUGCAUCAAUCUCAAUGAAGCAGCUGCACAGAAACAAUUACCUGAACAAAAUGGCUCUGUCCAUGCAGAACAACCUCCAUCUUCACUCUGAUUAAAAAAAAAAUCUUGAUUGUGGGGGGAGGGGGGCAUGCUCCCAUUGGCCUCCUCCCCUGGAUCUGCCCUUGUGAUGGGUUGAACUUCAUUAGCACAUAAUACCUUUCUUCCUGUACAUGUAAGUAGAAGGUUUUGUGGACGUUGUUUUCUUGGCAAAUGUUUAUAAUUGAUGAAUAAGAAGCACAUGGAGAACAGUGCGAAAAGAAACUGAAGUGUUUCCCUCAGCAAGUUGUUGGAAAUAAUUUUAAAAGAAAUGAUACUUUAAAUUACUUUUGCAUGAUUCUUUCAUAAUUCCAUUACUAAUUUUACCGAAAAUGGGUCACUUGGGAGACAUUCUCACAGGAACGUGCACAAAAUUUUUCAAACUUUACCGUCCCAUAAUUCAAUAUUCCCUAAUCCGAGCUUAAGCAAACUUUGCGUGUUUUCCUUUCAGACCCUAAUCUAUCAUCUCUCAAAAUGUGGACAGCCAAAAGUUUCCUCCUUUUGGUAGUUGGAGCAUCAGGGAGACACUGAAAUGUCUCCCUAAUGUUGAAAAAUUUACCACAAAAUGUCUCCUAAGUGACCUAUUUGGGAAUAUUUUAAAUACAACAAAUUACAUUGUGCUCUGUAUUAAUUACAUUCUUUUCAACUGGAGUUGGCUCGAACGGUUACAUUUAUGUACAUGAGAACAUUAUCCAUUUCAUUUUGUGGAUAGGAUUGUGUGAAGUGAAUAUAUUCAAACCAUUUUUUCUUUUAAAUGUCUUUAUUUUCUUAUAAAUCAUGCAUUUUUUAAAUUUUCAGGUUUUUGAGUCACAGAGAAAAUACUUCCAGAUGUCAUGUCAUUGUCAAUGCAUUGUCACAGAUAAUUUCUGAACAUUUAACAAAUGCAACAGAUAUUUGGUUUUACAAAAGCUUUCUGAAGUAUCCUGCCUUCCCCCUCCCCCAGAAAAGCCUCACUCCACUCCAAAUAGCUCCACCAUUAAUCUCAUGCACAACCCCCCCAAAAUGUAUGACUAUGUUAGUUGAAUGUAGUCUGGAUUUGCAGUAGAUUCUAGAAUCACACUGCAAGUAGAGCCACUCGAUGGAAGAAAAAUUGUGAAAUCCAUUACUUUGAUUUGACGGUUGAGCAUUGUGCUAAUAAGUGAUAUGUGCGUAUUGUAAUACGCGGUUUAAAGCCAUGUUUAUUAUAGCUUAGUGUUUUGACACUAAAUUAACUUUUACACUAUUGAGGGUGUUGGUUAUAAUUCAUUUUUCUGUAUCACAUAGAAAAGAAUGCAAUGGAGGUUAAUAGUGUCAGGGAUGUAGCAGCUUAUCUGUUCAGUCUUGUUACUGGAAACUGUAUCAAAUAACAGUGCUGCAGUGUUGAAACUAGGCAUAAUGGGGAAUAAAUCAGAUCUGAGGUUGACAAUGUCAGAUGACUUUCAGUUUACUUCUAACACUGCCCAGUUUUACCAGUUUAGUUUUCAUUACAUUGAGUAGAUCAAGGAUGAGAUCUCCUUGGGGCUGAACAACAAAGAGCUAUAUCUAGAGUCGCACUGGAUGAUUUGCAUUUUAUGUAUUUUGCUCAUCUUGCUGAAUACUGUACUGUAAGGACACACUAUUUUGCAAACAAAAUUGCACACUGUCAACUAUUAAAAGCAUUCAUCUUGAAAUAUGUAUCAACAUCACUACAGCAGGGAACCAUAAAAGCCCAUCUAACACUUAGCAUGUGUAGAUUGUGAUUGUGUGUCAACAAACAGCAUGGUACAUGGAAUAUUUACUGCAUAUUUGUUUGUUGCAGUGUCCUAUUUUAACUUGGAAUAAGAUAUUUAGAAAAGUUUACUGUCUUUUCUUGAUAAUCAUGCGGGUCUUUUCAGUGACAACUGCAGGCCUGAUUCCAACACUAUGAAGCAUUUGAGUAAAAUGCCCGAAUUGAUAUGACUGACAUUGUUAGCCUGGACAGGAAUCCAAAGUAAGUCAAGCUAACUUUGAUACCCAGUUCUUUUUUUAAGAGUAAACAGUAUUCAAGAUAAGACAGAUAGAGGUGAUACAAGAAUAGAAUUGUGAAACUAGAUAAACAAUUCCAUUUUUUGUAUACCAUAGCAUCAUAGGUUAGACUUGGCUCCAGCUACUUUAAGUAAUUCAGCUAUCUGUAUCAAUGUUGCGCAUGUUUGCUGUUAGAUUAUCAAUGUGAAAUACAAAGUAAGUUGAGAUCAUUCUGAUUAAACUUAAUUAAAAUAACUUGUCAA